AUGGAGUAUGACACCGCCACGGAUGGCAAGCAGCCAAUUUCAGCUGCUGCAGCUGCUGCAGCAGCGGCAGUCGGCGCCGACAUUUUGUCGCCAUCGCUCGCCACACCCGACGAUUCGCUACGACCGUUUAUGGAAGCGGUGACGUUAGCCGCUGUGCUGCUGUUGCUGAUUCUGUUCUGUGUUAUCGGUAAUCUGUUCGUUAUCAUCGCUAUCGCCUGUGAACGUGAUCUACGCGGACGACCACAGUACUAUCUGAUAUUCUCGCUCGCGGUCGCCGAUCUCAUAGUGAGUUUAUACUUUGAUAUUUGUCGCUCGAUUGUCGCUGUGUGUUUCGCUGAUGUCGCUCAGAUUCGAUGCUUUAUAAUAAUCAUAAGGUUUUUGAAAUAA